AUGGAUUCCACACCAGAUGCUAUAACUCCUCAAAAAUCGGAGUCUUCCAAUUCCAAUGUGGAAGUAAACUCCAAAAUCAUGAAUCAGCAAGAUGAUUUCCAGUAUCAAAACGCUGAGGUUGCCUCUCCAAAUACAGGUAGGGGUGCAUACAUGUCCAUUUGCAUUUCAUGUUGUAUGGUUGCCUUCGGUGGUUUUAUUUUCGGUUGGGAUACCGGUACCAUUUCUGGUUUCGUCGCCCAGACCGAUUUCUUAAGAAGAUUCGGUCAGAAACAUAAAGAUGGUUCCCAUUAUUUGUCUAAAGUGAGAACAGGUUUAAUUGUCUCUAUUUUCAACAUUGGUUGUGCUAUUGGUGGUCUUGUUUUGUCAAAACUGGGUGACACCAAAGGCCGUAAGAUGGCGCUAAUUAUCGUUGUCGUGAUUUACAUUAUUGGUAUCAUUAUUCAGAUUGCAUCAAUCAACAAAUGGUAUCAGUACUUCAUCGGCAGAAUUAUCUCCGGUUUGGGUGUUGGUGGUAUCUCUGUUUUGUCGCCUAUGUUGAUUUCCGAGGUGUCUCCAAAGCAUUUGAGAGGUACUUUGGUUUCGUGUUAUCAAUUGAUGAUUACCUUGGGUAUCUUCUUGGGUUACUGUACUAACUUUGGUACCAAGAACUACUCGAACUCUGUCCAAUGGAGAGUUCCACUAGGUCUAUGUUUUGCCUGGGCUCUAUUUAUGAUCGGUGGUAUGACUUUUGUCCCAGAAUCCCCACGUUAUCUUAUUGAAGCUGGUCUAAUGGAAGAGGCAAGAGCGUCUCUUGCUAAGGCCAACAAGUGUGCACCAGACCAUCCAUUCAUCCAACAGGAACUAGACACAAUUGAAGCUAGUGUAGAUGAAGCCAAGGCUGCUGGUACCGCAUCAUGGGGCGAAUUGUUCAAACCAUUUAUGUUCAAGCGUACGUCUAUGGGUGUUAUGAUUCAAUCUCUACAACAGUUGACUGGUGACAAUUACUUUUUCUACUACGGUACUAUUGUUUUCAAGGCUGUCGGUUUGGAAGAUUCGUUUGAAACUUCGAUUGUCUUCGGUGUUGUGAAUUUGUUCUCUACUUGUUGUUCGCUGUACACUGUCGACAAAUUUGGUCGUCGUAACUGUUUGUUGUGGGGUGCUAUUGGUAUGGUCUGCUGUUACGUUGUCUAUGCUUCCGUCGGCGUUACCAGAUUAUGGGCUAACGGUGAGGAUAAUCCAUCCAAGGGUGCAGGUAACUGUAUGAUUUGUUUUGCCUGUUUCUACAUUUUCUGUUUUGCCACUACGUGGGCUCCAAUUGCAUACGUCAUCAUUUCUGAGACUUUCCCAUUGAGAAUUAAAUCCAAGGCUAUGUCUUUGGCCACUGCCGCUAACUGGCUAUGGGGUUUCUUGAUUGGUUUCUUCACUCCAUUCAUCACCGGUGCUAUCAACUUCUCUUACGGUUACGUUUUCAUGGGUUGCAUGGUUUUCGCUUACUUUUACGUCUUCUUCUUUGUUUCGGAAACCAAGGGUUUAACUUUGGAGGAAGUCGAAACCAUGUACGCAGAAGGUGUUUUACCAUGGAAAUCUUCCGCCUGGGUCCCACCUUCUAGAAGAGGCGCGGACUACGAUGCUGAUGCAUUGAUGACUGACGACAAGCCAUUCUACAAGAGAGUGUUUGGUAGAAAUUGA